AGAAGGCAGGAAUGCAGGCCAAGGCAGACUAUAGUUUUCGUCAAAACUCACAAAACGGGAAGUACCACUCUGUCAAGAAUCAUCGAUGUGUACGGAUAUGAGCACUCCUUGUCGUUUGUUCGGAAACUUGGCCAGGACAAAUUUUUCCAUUUUAGUAAUCAGAAGUUUAACAACACAUCCUAUCAGACCUUUAUACCGCCCCCUGGAGUUGAAAUAGGGAAUUAUGAAAAAUACAAAUUCAAUAUAUUGACGCUACACGUUCGUUACACUCGUAGAAUAUUCGAUAAUUUCAUGCAACCAGAUCCUGUAUAUAUUUCGAUACUUAGAGACCCAGUGAAACAGCUGGAGUCUGCUUUCACUUUCUUUAACAUCGACAAGGCCAUAUAUGGGGUAUGGUAUUCCUUAUCUUUUGAAGCGUUUAUGAAAAGGCCGAAAUUAUUUACACCGCGUAUUAAUAAAGAUAAACAGCCGUAUAUUCACAACAACCAAAUGUAUGAUUUCGGUUUGGACGAAGAGAACUUCAAAAAUAUUGAUUUCAUAAAUAAGACAAUAAGACAGCUAGACCGAGAGAUGGAUCUAGUAUUAAUAAAUGAAUUUUAUGAAGAAUCUUUAGUCCUACUUAGUAAGGUAUUAUGCUGGGACCUACAAGAUAUGGUUUAUAUAUCGACAAAUAUGAGAGGGAGACAACACAUACAUCAUAAAAUUGGAAAGGAUCUGCGAAGGCAGAUUCGUGGCUGGAACUCAGCAGACGUUAUGUUGUAUGAUUACUUUGUUAAAAGACUACACGAGCGAAUAGCAGAGUAUGGCCCUAGCUUUGCAGACGAUUUCGCCACGUUCAAGCGCUUGCAGUUUAACUUUGAGACAAAUUGUCCCGCCAAGAAAUCAAAGAUGGAAACCAGCAAAACACACUUGAAUGACAAUGAUCAAGCUAGAUGCAACUAUUUUAGAGGAAGCGCAGCCGAAAUGGAUGCGCGUUUAAGAAAGGCAAUGAAGAAGAAAAUAGAAGGAAAUGUUAAGGAUUAAAAAAACUGGUUUAAUUGAUGUGUUAACAUAAAGUACAUUAUACGAAGACUUAAAUAAAACACUGGUAUUAUUUUGAAGGGUUCGUCGGUCUAUUCUAUUUGGGUACGCAUGCAAUAAACAUCAUAGCAAAAUCAUCACAAACUACACGACACAGGCCACUAUGGCCUGAUAAAAGCCCAUCAUUGGCCCAGGAAGACCUCGGCGUAAAAAGGGAAAGCACUAUGGUGCCAACC